CCAGCCUCCACGAAAGCGAUCCCCAUUCCAAAAAUACCAAUGGUGAUGCAGACAUUCACAAUCAAUCAAUGAAAUGAUACGAUUACGAAUCGAUGAUGUAGAUGAGAAGUGUCGGACAAGGGUUUAGGGUCCCGUAGACAUUAACUCGUCGAACAAAUCAACAGCUGUGAUGCGUCUGCUCAUCUGACACAACAUAGUAAAUUAGAAGGGUUAUAGAAAUACGAGAAACUACCGCAGAGAAAAAGCCUCAGAUUUUCUACUCGUAGAAGUCUUGAGACACAACUCGAACUUUUAUAUCUCUACAAAGACAUCAAGCGAAGAACAAACUUGGACUCUUCUUGAAGAAUCUGCUCACACGCACACACACCCAAAUAUUUCGCUAAUCUUGCAACAAGAGGCGCACACCAGCGGAAGGCCCCCGCAAGGCACAACACGCUCCUCGUCCUCACAUGCUGCCGGUGACGGACAAUAUUGGCGGCGUUGGCCCCGACCCACAGCCAGCGACCGUCCCGAAUCAGCAACCAAUCCAAGAAUUGGCGCAAGACAAUGCUGAAACCGUCGGUAAGAACGUCACCAACGACAAAUUUUCCGAGUACCAAAUCGGCAGUAAAGUCUCGUUCUUUUACGACUGCCACUACAGCAAAGUCUGGCGCUACGUCCUCGCCGACCGGGCGUACCACCAGUUUGAACACAGAGAGGUGAAGGCGAAGACCAAGGGAGCGGGAAAAAAGAUGCAGGAUGCUGGAGGGUCGGCUACUGCAGCUAGUAGCGAUGGAGCUCCUGCGGUGGUUGUUGUUCCGAGUAUUGGUGCCGUGGAUCAGACCGGCACAGUGACCACGAACGGGGGGAACAACGUUCCCAAUGUGCAGCUUGUUGCAGCGCCAGAGCUCCUGCUGGGAGGACAACAGAACCAAACUUCUACCACCACCAACAUGACGGCGAAGGUCGCGGGAGUCGAAAUUUCGAUGUCCAUCACGACAAAUAACGGUGGCGGGGGUCGCCCCGUCGUGGCGAUGGAAACGACUACUUCUACUGCAAAAACUGCCGGUGACGACGGAGCAGCUCCUUCGGCCGCUUUGAAUAGUAAUUCGGAACAACUCGAGCAGCCGGAGUUGAAAAUCCGGCGCAAGGACAAUCAGGGUAAGUCUAAGUAGAGAUGAUCAUGGUAGGACGCUUUUUGACUCUGAUUCUUCUUUUGAUAAAGCACGCACGUGUUCGCGGGCACGUUGAUGUUCAUCAAAUUAAUUCAAAAUGACCAUGUUUCAUACUAUGUGUAUGCACCCGAAAACAGCUGCUUCCGCCGAGGCUAAUAUCACCGACACUGCAACCACUUCCGUCGACCAGCAGGAAACUACUACCAAGCACGAGUACAUGCUGCGUCCGAUCUGGGGCCUCGCGCACGGCUGGGUUGAGGGCAAGGUGGUCGACUUUCUCUACGAGCGCAACACGGAGAUUCCGGACUCUGUGGUCAAGGGUUUAGUCGUGGUCCCGGCGGAAAAGUAUUGCUUCGUGGAGGCGGGAUCGGGCUACGUGGAUGAAAAGUUCCAGUAUCGGGUGUACGAUAAGGUACUAGAUAGUGUUGCACAAAUUUAGUCUCUUAUACCAAAGAACUUUUGUUCAACAUGAUUGCAAUAUGCUUUUUGUUUUUCUUUUUGAUGGCAAAUAAAAACGCCAGUGAGUGACUGUUGUGUGUCAACCAAGAUGCGUAUAGCAUCUAUUAGUAUCCCCCACUCCUUCAGGUGAAUGUCGAGCUGUUGCAGUCCGUGGAAUUAACGGGGACCACCGAGGUUGAGAUGGUUGAUGUCGACCACCAGCAACUCCUGAACGGGAAAGCCGAGAAAGACGGAAACAAAAUCCGUGUUGACGAGAAGCAACAACUGGCUCCUGUGGAAAACAAGAUCGAUCUCAGCCUGUUCAUCCUGCGUUGGUUCGAUUACUGGUCUGACAAGCGAAAGUCCGAGUACAAAAUCACCCAGGAGUGGCCGGUUUACUCGUUGAUCGAGCAGGCCGGGGUGAAGGCGGCGGUGGGGAAUCGCUUUGAAUGUUACGAACUGUUCUGCUUCGACGAAGAGUGUUUGACGAGUUUCGUGCAACAGCACGUUUUGCAUUUGCCGGAGGAGAAGAAGAAGGUGGAGCAACUACAUCAAACAAGCGUCGUGAAGAUGCAGCAGCUGGCGCAGCUGCAGGAGCAUGUUCUUGACCAGCAUGAUCCAUCUUCCACUACGACCAAGAGCUGCAGCAAGCGUCGACCCUUCGCUGAUCUGCUCGUCGGGAAGGCGAAGUGCGGGCUGUACUACUUGUGGCCGGCGGAGCGGGAGUUCGGUCCGGAAAACCGGCACCCGAAAAGUGACGCUGGGAUGGUGAAGGAGUCCGUGUUUUUCGAGUUCAUGCGGCAAAUGGAGAACACGGAGAUUCAUACCCGGUACCCGGCGCCCUCGCAUUUGUACCGGCAACUGUGUGGGAAACAGUACUACAACGCGGGGUGCCAGAAUCGGGAAUUGAAAACCCCGGCGACCACCCGGGUGUACGCGACCAGUAUCAAGAAGGACAGUCUGAAGGCCGCGAAAAACGCCAUCAACGCACUGCGAAUGAUCCGGAAGAACGUCUGGGGAAAUGAACCGAUAGUGCCGAGUGUUCCGCUGGUUGGUGAAGUAGAUCAGGCGAAGAAGAUGAGCUACAAGAAGGGUUGUAUUUCUCUAGUGAAGCAGCUGGAGCCGGUCGUCACUCUGAACUCUGACAGUACAACCAGUGAUGAAUCCCCCGCCUCGACCAACUCGGGUGCCGCGGGUGAUGCAGGGGAGCAGAUCCUCGUCCAACAAGCCCACGACAGUCCCCUACCUCCUCCUGACGACGAGGCUGUCCAAGGAACGACCAAAGAAGAAAGCCAAAUGAUGUCCGGUGUGGUGAAACUCGGUUUUUCCUGGAUGGGCGUAGACGUCAAAGUGUGGCACGGGGCGGAGGAUUUGGCGAAAAAGUUGGAAUCCAUGAUCUGCUGCCACAAGGGCCAGAUUGCGACGUCGGUGAUCGUGCAGGAGUUGGUGCCGGACCGCAUCGCGGAACUGCGGAUCCACGCGUUCGGGGUGCCGAAGGAAAGUCGCGCGGUGGUUCCGACGGAUUUUGUGCAGCGGCGGGAGAUGAAGAGGUUGGAGAAGCCGUUGGUGGACGUGAAGCGGAAGUUGGAUGUGUUGGAGAAGGAAAACGAAAAGCUGUUGACUCGGGAUGCUGUUGCAGUGAACAUCGGAAAGGACGAUGUCGUGAUGGUGCCAGCAGAAGAUGAUGGCACGGUUAUGGAAAGUUAUUCGACAGGAGAGAAAAAGGUAAAGAUCAAUAGUUUUCGUACAUUUGCUGUCUUCCUUGACUCAGCGGUCGUUAGUGAUUUGCUUUAUGAAUACGAAUACCCAGGAGCUCCGAAAAACGCGAACUCCGUAUACAAUGAAUUCUGAAAAAGUAGCAGAGUAAAAUGAGCUUUUUAACUUUUGUAAGUAUUUGACAUCUACAAAAAAAAACAAGUAAAUUCCAUUGACGCACAGAUCCAAGAGUUGCGGGACCAGAUACGCGACAUGGAGCAUUUAUUUAAGCUUUCAGGCUACGACGCGGCGGAAAUCUCAAACUGUGCGGAACACAACUUCUACAACGUCCAAAAGGAAAUGGACCUGACGCGAAACGGGGAUUUUGACAUGAAGGUCGCCUACAUGGGGAUCGAGUCGAACGUGAACAACGCGGGGUUGGAUAUGACGGGACACAUCAACCAGACCCCGAAGCAGGCGUUGGAAGCGAUUUGGGGUGGUGACGGAAUCCUUCAAGCCAAGAUGGAGGAGCAGGCGAAGGAAUUGACGCGGAAGUGGCUCACCUGGUACCACAGUGAGUGGCCGGAGUUGAACUGUCCCAGCAACGGGCGGUUUGAUUACCAUGUGGUCUGGAACAAGGAGACGAUGAAGGAGCCGGAGCUAUGGGUCUGUGAGAUAACCGAAUGUGGGGCGAGUUUGUGUGGCUUGCCGAUCCAGGUUAUGCAAUAAGUACAAACUUCCUGCACACGUGCAAAAUGCGUGACAAAUCUAGAGCACCCCUGGAGCGCAUCGCUUGCCAUGCUGAAUAGAAUUAAAGAAACUCUCUGUCAUGCAGAAGACGCGUUCAAAGUUGUGCGCGUGCAGGAAAUUUCCUUUGAAUACAGGCCCGGAACACCGCCAUCGUGAAUAGCUGCCUGUCGUUGUUGGAUGCGGAUGCGGGGGAGCGGAUGGACUUCGUGGCGGGGGAACAAGCGGAAGUAAACUCGGCGAAGAAGACAAAAUUUUUGGCGUGGCCGUGCGGAAGCUGGGACUUGUUCAGCGAGGAGUACGGUGAUGGGUCCAAACGUAUUUGGUACGAUUGGCCGGAGUUUUGAACAAGGAGAGCGGGGUUCUGUCAUUACCUCCAUUCGGGGAAUAGAGCGAGUACAUCAAUUGCACUUUAAUAUAUUUACGAUUUUUUAAAUCUGCAGGUACUAGGAUCGAUGAUGAUGAAGAUGCACCCGGCUGGCUUCUGCUUGCUUUAUAUCGGUUUAGGCUUACGCUUAGGGUUAAGGAACUGCUUCUGCCUCAUCAAGGAACGUCCUUCGAAGUACAGCUAAGAACUUCCAAUACAACCGAAGUGACCGGCUUCUGAGGAAGCUACGCCAGAUAGAUUUGCAGUGAGGUCUUCCUGUAGAUUCUGCAACGCUUACGUUUGAAAGUAGGUAGAAAUACUUACAACACAAAAUCCUUGAGGCGCGCGGCUGUUUCUCGGCUUUCGUUAUGAUUCGGCCCCGAUCUACUCUCACGAUUCAAAUUCAUCACUGCAGGAGUCGUUCCGAGUAAUUUCUCGCAGGCAUUCCUCUCUGACAGUCUCUCUCCACCACAGAUAAAGUAGUACUAGAACAAGCCUAUUGCUUAAAGAUCGACAUCCCUUCCACACGAUCGAGUGCUUGCUUGGUAAUGAAACGUCAGCAUGUGCACGACCUUCUGUAUGUGUAUUCAUUGCAGCGAGCGACUGCUCAUUUAUUAUACUGGAGUCUUCUAAAUGGCUUUCGUUUUGAUUUUCUACUUACACGAAGCGGUUGCAACAUCAAUACAAAAAAUAUGAUCGGAUCUCCUACAACGCUCGCAUUUUCAUUCUUUUAUGGAAAAAAUGAAACUUCCGACUCUGAGCUAGUGCUUCAUCUACUAUGCUCCUGAAACCCUCGACACACGACGUUUUUAUCUGGUCUACGAGGUCAUGCAAAUUCUCGGAUCAGCAUCAAUCUGCACAUUCAACUGCUUAUCCUAAUCGGAAAAUUUCCAAAACGAAGAUUUUUUGUAAAGAGAGAGCGCAUUGAUUUAUAGAAGGAAGCACGACCGCAGUUUGUAGACGUCUACGUGUGCGGUAGACACCAUGCGCAGUGGACAGCGGUCUCUUGUGUUCGUCGAGGGGGCAC